AUGCCUACCAGUUGCUCCAGUCGAAUGUUGCACGGUGAGUCAUUCUUGCAUCUUUUGAUGUAGACAUGAAAGCUUGAUCGAGCACUCAAUAUACUGUGAUGUGCCUUUAAAGACUACACGUCCCCUUUUGAUGCGACUGCUGUCUGUUUGCUCAGGCAAGCAGGUGCACAGCUCAUAGGCAAGACGAACUGCGACGAGUUCGGGAUGGGGUGAGCUCGUGCGGCCAUUCGCACUCACGAGGAGUAGCUUCGAGAAGAUGAAGAUGUUCUCUGACGCAUUCAAGCGCUUUGUACCAUGUUACAGAUCACACAAUGUGCACACCGUGUAUGGCCCAGUGCUGAAUCCCGCCAGUCCGGACGCAUACACGAUGGGAAAUAAGAGCGAAGGGAGACAAAGACAUAGGGCCUAUCACCAGCCACGUGUUGCGGGUGGCUCGUCCGGCGGGGCAGCUGCCAGUGUCCGAGCAGGGCUAGCUCGAAUGUGAGCUGCAUCUGUCCCCUCUCGUCCUCGGCCGUCCUGCUCGGCUUUGCUGACUAUACUACGAGACUUGUCGACGGAACACAUGCAAAACCCUGCAGAGCUCUGGCUUCGGACACGGGCGGAUCGAUACGCAUACCUGCUUCGCACUGCGGCGUGUGGGGACUCAAGCCUUCGUAUGGAUUGAUCAGCAGGUGGGGUCUGGUCUCCUACGCCGACAGCUUGGAUACGCUCGGCUUGCUUGGUCGAACGCCUCACGAUCUUCAAUCAGCUUUUGGUGAAUUCUUGCACCAGGCGGGAGUGCUCCGAGGCUGGCUCCGGCUAAUUUCAGCAAUUCCAUCCCUCUGCAGAGGUCUUGAACAUGCGCGACGAGAAGGAUCCAUCUGCAGUUCCUGAUCAAGCACGAAAGGCGGCCCGCGAAGCCGCACGGUCCCGCAUCGCAUCGUUCCCAGAAGGCUCGCUUGAAGGUCUGCGGAUAGGCAUACCUGUCGAGUAUUUUCCUUCCGAGCUAGAACCUCAGAUCAUACCUCCUCUUCAUGGCGUGCUGAGAAACCUCAAACAAAGAGGCGCAGUACUGAGAAGCAUAAGUCUGAGCUGUGUCAAGCCGGCUUUGGGAGCUUACUAUGUCGUUGCGAGCGCGGAGGCUAGCAGCAACCUGGCAAGGUAUGAUGGAGUCAGAUACGGUGAGUGCCAUGGGGCCCAAGAGUAUCCCUUUUGUGCGGCAAGCACCCUGACACGGACGUGUGUGCCCGUCUGGCCAUUGUGACCAAUAAGGUCAUCAAUCGACGGACAAGUCGGGCAUCUCUGAAGGCCAAGUCCAUCCAUAUGCGCACACGCGCUCAGAAGCGUUCGGCGAAGAAGUAAAGCGACGCAUCUUGCUAGGCACGCACGCCCUGACAUCUUCCGCUUUCGACAACUAUUUCCUCCAAGCGCAACGAGUCAGGUUGCUAGUGCAGCGGGGAUUUGAAAAUGCUUUCAGAGACGUCAAUGUGCUGCUUGCUGCUGAAUCGUCGGAAGAAUCGCACAAGCAGACCAGACCGAUGCAGAGGAGCGCAGGAGAGGGAGAAGAAGAAGGGGUGGAUCUGAUAGUGGGACCCGCGAGUACUUCUGCAGCACCCACACUCGCUUCGGUGCUACAUCCGUCUGGGCAAAAGUCAUCGGCUAGCAGGACCAGCGCGUACGUACAAGAUGUUCUUACCGUGCCUGCUUCCUUGGCAGGCUUGCCCUCGCUCUGCGCUCCAGCUGGAGUGGCGCAAGACGGUUGGCCCGUUGGCAUCUGUCUGACGGCCCAGUGGGGCCACGAAGAGACGAUCUGGAGAGUUGCAAAGGAGAUCGAAAUGGGAUGA